AUGAAUAGCAUUGCUAUGAUUGAAGACAAUGGUUUUGAUGGUUUAGCAGGCGUUUCUCAGCUUCAGCUAGGAUGGAACAAUCUAGAAGAGAUGGAACCAAGUAUCUUUAACGGAAUGAUGGCUCUUCGUUCUCUUUCAUUGGAUAACAACAGAAUCCUAUCUCUCAAUAGUAAAUCUACCCCGUGGAAUAUCUCACUCAUACAUCUAAACUUGGCACGCAAUGAACUAACAGCAAUCAACGGCUCGGCAUUCCAUGGUCUGAAAACUCUCAAGACAUUAGACUUGAGUGACAAUUUCAAACUUCAAUACUUAUCAAGUCUGGUGUAUCUCGAUGCUGCGCAAAAUCGUAUAUCUGGCUUGAACCGUAGCACGUUUGAACCCCUAGAGCGCCUAACGACACUUGACCUUUCUCUCAAUCCCCUAGUCUGUAAUUGUGAUCUUAAAUGGUUACCUGGUUGGUUGGAAGGGACGGUAGAGCUCAUUGAGUCGAUGGAUACGACAUGCCUCGAUAAUGCAGCGACUUUGGAGCCUUUUAGGGGCAAACAAUUAAUCACUUUCGAUCCUAAAGACGGAUGUGGUCCGAACAUCAUCCUCUACUCUUGUUUGGCCACAUUAGGUAUGGUACUGAUCUUUGCUCUAGGUUUGAUCUACUACCAGCGAUGGUGGAUCAGAUAUCGGCUGUUCCUUCUAAAGCUUUGCUUCAUUGGAUACGAAAAAAUACACGACGAUGCCGACAGAGGAGAAUUCCAGUACGAUAUCGCCAUCAUGCUCCACGAAGCCGACAGUAUGUGGGUCAACCAUCACUUGCGACCAGCCCUGUUGGAGCGAGUUCCAGGCUUCAAUCGAAUCGUUUGUGGUGAUGAAGAGCUAAUGCCUGGUAUGUACUACCUCGACGCCAUCCACUACGCCACAGAAAAAAGCUUCAAGACUAUUAUCGUGAUCAGUCAUGCUGCCUUACAAGACCAGUGGUUCAUGAUGAAGUUCCGAACCGUUCUCAAUCACGUCAAUGACAUCGGUACAGAGAAAAUGAUUCUCGUGUUUGUGGAGGACGUUGAGGAUGACGAGCUCCCUUUCCUAAUAAGAUUGUUUCUCAGUGAUCAUCGAUCGCAUCUGGUUUGGCCAGACGAUGAAAGAGGACGAGACUACUUUUGGGAGGAGUUGAUCCGGGAUCUCACGGUCAAUCUCAGGUGUAAUCACCUGAUACCUCCUAAUUGAUAGAUGUCAGUAGUCAGCAACAACACUUCUCAUUUGAAAGAUUGAGAAUUAUGUUCUGCUUGUUUCGAUGUGACCCUCUUUCUCGAUAAUUUGGUAUUUCAACCAUCACAUAUCUUAUCUGUACUCUUUUUUUAAUUUUUAAAUACAUGUUGAAAGGGUAGACUAAAAGUGACGGAAACAAGACUUGGUAACAACAAUGUUUUAUCGAAAAUGAUAUUUGACGUUUACUGUCACUCUGAAUUAACUGCAUUUAUUUCAUCGAAAAGGGGUUUUAUUUUUGUGGUUCUGACCAACGGCUUCAUGCUCUUCUCAUUAUACAUAGAACUAGCGGCUACGGGGAGGGUUGGGGGAGGGAAGGUGGAAGCACGCCCACAUAGAGCAUUUCCUAAAGGUUCUAUAAAUAGAGUACCUUCAAGGUUUUACUAAAUGUUCAUUCCAGUUUCCAUAUAUCUCUUUUAUUAGCACGUUGCAAAUGGACAGUCUAUCCCUUUUGCUAAACUUUCUUUUUCCAAAAUCAUUCAAUCGAAGGGCCUAUCUAAUAUAUUUGAACAUAUAGCGAAAAAGAAAGGGAGAAGGUAAAAGGAACAUGAAAAGAAGAAGAUGUGACGCCCCCAUAGGCCUACCCUCCGCCUAUUCAAUGGUGUUAUUAACAUCUAGUUCAUCCAUAUCAUAAGAUCGAUGACCG